UGGUGAGGACUACCAGGUGUUCUUGUCCGAUGGACGUGCGGUCGGCCAGGUGUUGGUGCUAGGACACAGGGACCCUGCUGCAGGAGCCAACGCCGGGGCCUGUUAUCCUAAGCAAGAUCCCGAGCGUGGUGGCAGUCACAUGAUCUCCACAGAUGACUUGGAGUAUCCACGAGAGUACCGGACGCUGGGGAACAGCGCCCGGCGUUUCUCCAAUGUGGGCCUGGUGCACACGUCGGAGCACCGCCACACCGUCAGCGCGGCCCAGAGCCUGGAGGCCCUGACCAACCUGCACAAGGUUGACAUGGAACGCAAGAGGGACGCCUUCAUGGAUCACCUGAAGAGCAAGUACCAGCAGCAGCAACAGCUGCAGCAUCCGCAUCAUAGCCCCCACCACACCCCACCUUCUCCCUCACCCUCCCACGCCAGCAUGAGGGGUACGUCAGAGCGGUCUGCACGAGAACAGCAACAGCCAAACUACUGGAGCUUUAAGAGCCGCAGUCCCCGGCAUUCCCAGUCCACCCAGUCUGGGCUCGCCGACCAGGCCGCCAAGCUCUCCUUUGCCUCAGCUGAAUCCUUGGAGACCAUGUCAGAAGCCGACAUUCCAAUUGGGUUUAAUAGGAUGAACCGAUUUCGCCAGAGCCUGCCGCUGUCCCGCUCUGCCAGCCAGAAUAAGCUACGAUCUCCAGAUGAAUACGCAGGCGUGCUGUUCCUGCAGUACGGAGAUGAGACGCGUCGGGUUCACAUCACUCACGAGCUGAGCAGCCUGGACACGCUGCACGCCCUCAUCGUGCACAUGUUCCCUCAGAAGUUGACAGCAGGUAUGCUAAAGUCACCCAACACAGCCAUCUUGAUCAAGGAUGAGGCACGCAACGUCUUCUACGAGCUGGAGGACGUCCGGGACAUCCAGGACCGCAGCAUCAUCAAGAUUUACCGCAAAGAGCCCAUCUAUGCUUCCUACCCUGCUGCGCCACACCUGGCUAACGGAGACCUGAGGAGGGACAUGGUGUACUCCUCUCGCGACUCCUCCCCAACACGCCGCCUCAACACUCUCCCCUCCUCUACGGCCUCGGCUUCCUCUGGCUCUCCAUCCCGCACACGCCUCUCCUACAGCGGCAGCCGUCCUCCAUCCUUCACUGGCUCCCAGCAUGAACAGCCUCGACAUCCCCAAGCUGGCCACGGCGCCAACGCAGGCCUAUCUCCCUCGCCCAGCGCCAUCCUGGAGCGCCGCGAUGUUAAGCCUGAUGAAGAAGUCUCUGCCAAAAAUAUGGCGCUGAUGAAGAACGAGGGGCUGUAUGCAGAUCCCUACAGCCUGAUGCACGAGGGCCGCCUCAGCAUCGCCUCCACCCAGUCGUUAGCUGCCAUCGGAGACCCCUUUAGCUUCCCUGUUACCGGCGGCCUGUACCGCCGUGGCUCUGUGCGCUCCCUCAGCACCUACUCAGCUGCUGCUCUUCAAGGGGACCUGGAGGACUCUCUCUACAAGCCUGGAGGUUCGCUCUACUCUGACACAUACUCCUCAGCCACACUGGGCAUGGGUUUUCGCAUGCCGCCCUCAUCCCCGCAGAAAAUCCCUGACAUGCAGAUGAGGGACAGGGACUCAUAUUCCAGCUCGCCCAGCAGAGCCUCACCCGUCAGGCAGACCUUCCGGAAGGACUCGGCUUCCUCCUCCGUGUUUGUGGAGAGCCCAAAGUCAAGGCCCAGCUCUAGUUCAGAGCCUCUGUGUCUGACAGCGGGGCCCGGGGAGGGAGGCAGGGCCACGCCUGGCUUUGGUUCUUCGAUGUCUGGACAGGACGCUGACACCAUCAGGGAUCACCGUCUGGAGCGUAUGGAGGCGAUGGAGAAGCAGAUCGCCAGCCUCACUGGCCUCGUCCAGAGUGUUCUGACCAGAGCACCAGACAGUGACAGCACAUGCGGCCUGCUGCGUCUCUGCAUGAUGGCGGGCUGCCCUCCGGACCAAGGGACCGAGUUCUCACGGCCCUUACCUUUCUCUUCUAGCGAGAAGACCGAAACCAACAGUGACGGCUCCGCCACCGGACCUGGACGGCUGAAGAAGAAAGCUCACACACCGUCGGCACCUCUCGCUCUGAUGCCGCCGCCACCUUCUAUCACAACCCCGGUGAACGGCGCCGGACGCUUGAAGAUGCAGCUCCACCUGCACGGCCUGCAGCAAAACGCCACCGACCUGCGCAAACAGCUCAGCCAGCUACGCAAGAUACAGGUGGAUAACCAGGAUUCAGUGCGAACUCUGUUGAAGCGUGCAGAAGCGGAGCUGAAUGUGCGCGUGGCAGACGCCCUGAGGAAGCAGGAGGAUCCUCUGCAGAGACAGCGCCUCCUGGUGGAGGAGGAGAGACUGAAGUAUCUCAACGAGGAGGAGCUCAUCAUCCAGCAGCUCCACGACCUGGAGAAGUCUGUGGACGAGAUCCAGAAGGAGUCUUCAGUCAACCACAAGCUGGUGACGGUGCAGGAGCUCGAGGAGAAGGCCACUGUUCUCAGAAAGCUGGGAGAAACACUCACAGAGCUGAAAAAUCAGUUCCCAGGCCUGCAGAGUAAGAUGCGGGUGGUGCUUAGGGUGGAAGUGGAGGCCGUCAAGUUCCUGAAAGAAGAGCCACACCGUCUUGACGCCCUGUUAAAACGCUGCAAGGGUGUAACUGACACCCUCGCCACCAUGCGCAAACAAGCCAAUGAGGGCGUGUGGAAGAAGCAGGAGGACUUCUCGAGUCCUUCAUCAAAGCACAAAGACGACUUGCGAAAGUUUUCCAACUUUGACAUCUCCUCCAGCCAACCGCUCACCAUCAAUGACCUUGGGGGAGGCAACAGCCUGUCCAACUGGAGCCCCCACUCCAGCCUCAGCCGUGUCCACGGGAACCUGUCUGGCCCUCACAAGGACAAUCAUCCUCCUGUUCCCCACAAGGGCAAAGCCCUGGAGGAGCUGGAACGCCGUGCUUUAGCUGACAAAGCUUUGUCUGUGGAGGUCCGACUGGCAGCAGAGCGGGACUGGGAGGAGAAGCGGGCCAGCCUGACCCAGUACAGCGCCCAGGACAUCAACCGGUUGCUGGAGGAGACCCAGGCUGAGUUAAUGAAAGCUAUUCCAGAUUUGGAUUUUGCUGCCAAGCAGAUUAAGUCUUCCUCCAACACAUUAUCCUCCCAGAACCCCCAAAGUGGGGUAGGAAACCCAGAGCACCGCGUCAGCAAGCCCCAGCACAAACUCUCUGGGAAAGAGGGAGGAUCCAGGCGUGGCUCUGAUGAGCUGACAGUACCACGGUAUCGCACAGAGAAACCCUCCAAAUCUCCUCCUCCUCCACCACCGAGACGCAGUUUCCCGUCUUCUCCAAGCAUAACCAGCCGCAGCGGAGAGCCCCUCAUUCCUGGGAAAAGUAUAAAGAAGUGUGAAUCUGAAGAGACUGAAGGCCAGAAGCCGCACGUGAAACUGAGGAGGAGUGUGUCUGAAAACCCUCGUCCUGCAUCUACACCCCCCACACUUGCCUCCGGGGACAAGGAGGAAGGAGAGGAGGAGAACAUUGCUGCACAAUUGGAGCUGUUUGAGAGAGUCCCAGUCAGGCUCGCUCUUCCCCGUCCCCUUUCCCUGCCCGUUAGCCCUCGCAGCGGGAACAUUUGCCCCCCCUGCAGACUGGACCUGUGGCCCUCUGAGGCCCCAGGCACUGAGGGAAGGCGCUUGUCUCCUGUGCCCCACAUCGUGUUGACAGAGUGCUUCCGAUCUUCACAUACUGCCUCAGAGGAUCCUGUCAGACAUUCAGCAAAUGACCCUGUAGAAGAAAGUCCAUCACAAGAUUGGACGGGUCAACGCAGCGUAUACCAGACUACUCUUUCAAAAGAGAAGGAUUCAUUUGGAAGCCCGCCUCAGCGAGAGCAGUGCGGUUUCAAAGAGGACUUGGUGUUAAAGCAGGAAGUUGCCCUGCUGUUGACGGAGCUGGAGGUGAGGGUGGUAUCUCCCGGUGAGGCCCAGGAGCUCAGCAGGAUUAUCGGAGAAGCUCUACAGACCCUGAACAUCUCGCAACAGACUAAUCCGGUUCCUGAGGUCCAGCUGAGUGACCGGCCUCUCCUAGUGCUCCUCAGAGAGGAAAGCACAGUCAGGGAUGCCUACAGGCUUCUGCAUUCCCUUUUGGUGUCGUCCAAGCCGGUGCCCAAACCCAGAAUGAAAUCCUCCCUCUGCUUGGGCCAGCAGAGCUCUCUGGUGGAGGCUCUGAGGAGAGGGAUAGAGACGGGGGAUAGAGUGCUGACACUACAGCACAACACUGAAGUUAAGAUUCACGAGGCACGCCAGAAAUCAGUUAACAUCACUCUUAAGUCCAGCGGAUCAGCCAGCUCUGUGGACAGUCGAUCCAACCAGAGCCAGAGGAAGACGAGAGAAGAUAUCCGACACAGCACUUACAGGAGGCUGGACAGCUUGGAGGAGACUAUUCGUGAGCUGGAGAACACCUUGAUAGAGAUCAGUGGCCCCGCUACUGCAGAGCAGCUCUACACUGAGACGACCCCCAACAGCCCACCUGUACAGAUGACGGGCAGUCCGACCUCAGAGACCCAGAAGCCACCGGUCCCACCCAAGCCGUCCUCUUUCAGCGCAGCAUCGAUCCAGGGAGGGAAUAGUUCAAGCGUUGGUAAGGUCCUCCACUCCUCAGCUGCCUCCAAACUGAAGCACCUGCAGCAGAACAGCACAGACAAGACUAAAAGUGUCAGAAGAGAGGACUUUGUGAAGAUCCAGGGCCAGCACCAGGCCUUGGGGACCAACAGCACCAGUGGCAGUAUUGAGCCAUACCUCUCUGGUAUCAAAACGGGUAUUUUCCCAGGCCGAGCGCCCUCUCCUGCAGCAGUGUUUGCCCCUGGCCUGAGGAAGUACCCCCAGGAUGGAGCACUGACCUCCCUGAAAGCCUCCUCCAGCCAAGCGAAGGCCCUGCUGGCAAGCCUGUCUGCCUCCGGCCUGAGCGCUGAGGCCCUGCUCCUCUCCUCCACCCUCCGUCAUCGCCGCCUUCUACUUGAGCAGCGAGCCUCCUCCUUGCCCCUGCCCAGCAGCAAGUCCUCCCCUUCUACUCCUACUGCUACCUCCCCCUCUUCUUCCUCUUCACCCACCACCCCGACUCCCUCCCUGUCUCCCUCCUCUCCCACCCCUUUGAGUUCCCUUACCCUCUCUUCUGCGGCUCCAAAUCCCAGCGGUUGUAGCUCCAGCCUCAACAGCUGCAAGGAGGGUGGCAGCGGGCAUGUGAAACAGGACGUCGCCCCCAGGUAAUGAAGAGGAGGAGGAUUUGGUCAUGGGAGAAUCGAUCGCCAUCACGUCAUUAACCAUAAAGAGAAAACGACGAUUUCGGCUUUUUCUACGUCUUGUUUUUCCUCUCUAUUUUUCUUCAUAUUUCCACGUCAAGAACUACCGUACUGUAAAUGGAGUCACAAUCUUCUUCUUGGACAAGUUUCCUACUCUGAUCUGAUCCUCAGUUCCCCUGCAGUUCUCCCACGCAGUCAUACUGCCAGUUUGCCAGAUGGAGAGCACACAAACGGGCCUCCCCUCCGACCAGCUGCCUGCUGCAAGCUGAUGUGGUCUGGAUGGAUUUACUGACAGUAGCAGUCUCAUAUAACCCCUCACUCACAGGGGGGUUGUCAAUGGAGUAGACAUCAUUUCUAGACUUUCAUCAUAGAAAAAUAGAGCUGCAAUAAUCACCAAGUGAGUCCAGUAGUUGUGUGUGUUCCGGAUAAUAUUGCUCUGCAUCAAAAGUAGAUCCUGGUGAUGAUUGUGGUUUCAAACUGUUUAGUGUUAAAAGGGCGUUUGUGGCUUUUCUUGCAUCACCUGUGUUUUAAACUCUGAACUGGUGCUAUAUUUCCCCCUCUGUUUGUACACACUGUGUAAAGAGUUUACAUGAUUGUUCUCACUCCCCGAUCUUCGACCUUCACUUCAUGUCACACUGUUUGAAUAUUUAUAUGAAUCCCUACAGAAGGAAAUCCUUGCAUCCAGUAUUAGGAACAAUUAUAGGACAUUUUCAAUUAAAAUAUGACACUAAAGCACAUUGUAAGGAGCAGACUUAUAACAGCACAUUUCUACUUUACAUAGAAUAGAGGCACAGUUACACAAACAGGAGGGGAUAUUGCGAAUGGUGAAUUGUAUAGACAUGUUGAAUUUCUGUAUAUCUGUACUGACUAGUUCAUUAUGACAAUCAGGAUGUUUCUGCAGUAGCAUCUUACAGGUUGCUCUGGCAUUUUAGCACCUGACAUCACACACCUUCCCAAAGACUCGAGCACACACACACACACACACACACACACACACUGAUGACUAACACACACAGUCGGUCACACGCUUCUGCACAUGUGAAGCCAAGCUGUUUGCAGAAGUACAGACACUACUGGUUCUUUUGUUUCAGCAAAUGGAUGUGUGAUGAUUCUUGUUGUUUUCUUAAAGUCACAUGUGUUGCACCGCUGAUAAAGAGCACUGUGGUAAAACACGCCACAUCGACAAGAACACGAUUUCACCCUUAAAGGAAUCUAAACUACAAAGCCGACGGAUAAAGUGCUUUAUUUUUGGGACACUUGUCUCCUUUGAACUUCAAAGUUAUUCUGAUGGGAAGCAGUUUACAAAGUUUUUAGCAGCUUGUAUUGUAAAGCUGAACACCUUCUUUGAACAAGAACAAAAUGUAUCUUGCUCUGCAGUGAAUUGAUCGCACUUCAACACUUCUAUGACACUGUUAGCAGUGUUUGAAAGAUAAAGUUAAUCAGCACAUAUUUAGAGACUUCACAUACAGCUCGACCCUUGAAUGGCCUGAUAUGAAGAUAUAUAGAAAUAUAAAGAAAGCACACUUUCCUCUCUAACAUUUGACCCUUUUUGACCCUCUAACCUUGUGAAUCUGCUUAAAUAUGACGAGCACAACGCUACAAAUGUUCCUUAAAGGAAGAACAAAAAGUCUCUGCUUAUUUAAAUACUGUGCUUUAUAUUAACAGUAUUGCUGUUGCCUCAUUUGGUUUGAUUACCUGCAUGUUGAAACAUUUAUGAAUGUGAGGCCUUUGGUGUGCCUUAAUAAGUUCUCACUAUUUAAAGCACAUCUAAGGCCUGUCAGUGAUUCCCUAAGUGUAAACCUGCACAAUGAAACAUUGAAGCUCCCCGUCCUGUGUUAUUGCCUUACGGCUGCCCACUGGAGAGGUGAUGAAGUUGAACGGGACAGUCACAGACAAAGUGUUUCUUUUGUUUCCAGUGGUUCACAAGAACGGCUGCGUAUAAUCGAUUCUUUGUGGCAUUGAGAUUAAAACGUGCAAAAGAGGAUGGUGUCAAAAGAGUAGGCAGCUUGAGGAGAGGGGAUUAGUUUGGGGACAUGUGUUUGAAGGCUUCUUUAAUAAGGCCGGCUUUGACUGGCCUUGCCUCCGUCGAGAGUGCUUGUGAUAUAAAAGACCCAAAGAGAUGAGAGGAAGGGUCUGACGGAGCCUUUCAGCGGCUGCUCUUUCCCUCGCCCCUCUCACUUAGCUUUGUCUUUGGUGCGGGGCGUCCGUGAAAUAGAAACCACUCAGUUGAGGUUAUCCUAGGACAAAGUUUGAUGGGCCUCAGUUAUGAACAGUAACAGUGUGUGCCAUAUGUAAUUAGCACUCGUGCAAAUAUUUGCUGACGCGGUGCUCUUUGCCUUUGUGAAACUCCUGCCUGUUUGUUUGCAAGGACCUGUUACCAUGUUUUUUCCCAGUGCCUCUAAGACUUGCCAGAAAUCCCCAGUUGAUCUUGUAUUAUAGUAUUAGAUCAGCAACAAUGCCAGAAUAACACUUGUGUGUGUCAGGUUGCAGCGGUGGCUUCUGACUAAACACUCACCGAGCUCAAACAAUGUGCAAAACUGCAAGCUCACAGCAACAGCGUAUUAAGCCUCACCCCGGGUGCUCUGCCAGGGAGGUUCAAGCCCUGGGUUUCAUAUUGAGUGAAGUCAAAUGAAAGAAAUUCACUUACUCAUGCUGUUCCACACUCUAAUCCAUAACUCUCCCAGUUAAAUUUGCUGCAUUGGGAGGAAGUGUUCACGCUCUGCUGCUUUCCCCAAGUAAAGUAUGAGAUGAAACCUCCCAGAAUUGCGUGACAGUCCUCUCUGGAAUGAUUUUUUUGAGACGUGUUAGUGGGCUGUGAUUUCAACAUGGCCAGAGGCAGAGAGGGCAUGUUGCAGACACUCUGUGUCCUGGCAAUCAGAAAAACUCAUGCAAACUUGAAAUCAAACAGAAGAAAUAUACAUAUAUAAUAUAUCUAAGUGAGAUGUUUGUGUAUGAUAUUAUAAUUGUGAAGAAAAGUGUGAUAUAUAUAUAGGCCUAGAUUAAAUUAUAUACUGUAAAAUGUCAUCAUCUCUUCAGUUUUAUAUAUUAGUGACCAUUUUGUACAGACUUUUCUUUUUUAAUUCAUUGAGAGAUAUUACAUUUCACACUGAGAUUAUUUAUUCAUACGCAGAACAUUUUUAUAUUUCUUUAAAAAUAUCUGUAUAGAUAAGUUAGCCUCUGUAAUAUACGCUGAAGUUCAUUUUUAAAUUCUAGGGUUUUCUUUACUGAGUUAGAUUUGAUUUGUUUUUGAAAAGCUUGUCCCUGAAAAUGCUCGUCCGGCUCUUCUGCACCUUUGCCUCCUUACGUGAAGGGUCACUAUUGAGGUGUAAGAGGCUGGACCAGUGCCUGUGCUUGGGGGCUUAUUUUGCUACUAUCUUUUUGUUUUAGGUGGUUGUUUUCUGUACCUUGUGGUCUGUUCCUUUAGUUUCACCCCAUCCUGUAUUUGUGAUUCAGCUGGUAUUAGUGAGUUGCCGUUGGUUAAGCAACACAGAUAUUGUGGUAACUACUGUGAAAGGUCAGUUUAUGGGCCCAAAGGCUUCAGAUUGGAGCCUUGCUGCUUUGACAGAAAGUAAGUUACAUGGCUUUAAUUUUCCUCUGUGUGAUGUUUGCAUGUGAACAGGGAGUGGUAGCAAUGCGGACGCUCAGUGCAAAGCAGGCACUUGGUCAUUGCAACAGGUGGAAGUACAUUUUUAGUGGCUUCAAGUAGCAGUUAUGCUAAACCACAGGAGUUGUUAAAGCCACCGAGAUGGAUUCAUAAGGGAAUUAUGUGACUGUUGAAUCUCUUCCUUUGCCAUUGUAUCUUGUUUUUAUAACGAACCUACAUUCUAUAGUAUGUAUAUGAGAUUUUUACAUGAAUGUGUGGAUGUUCAAAAAUCUUGGCAUCAAAAGUAGAAAAACAAAAUUGACUUGUAAAUAGGCCGAGUCGUUCCUAGCGAGUUCAACCAAUUGUUAUGUCCAAAAGAAGAUGUUUUAUUAAUACACUAUGACGAUGGGUAAAAAGGUAUAUACAAAACAAUGCAUGUAUAGUCUCAAAGCAGUCGCACGGUGCAGUCGAAAAAAAAAGUUGUCUACAUGUUUUCUCAAGAAAGAAAUGAGAAAGAGAACGAGAGGUUUUAUGUUAAGAGGUCAACAAACAAGAAUGAGACAUUGUUUUGGUAUCUGUGACACAGGCAUGUUCAGUCUCACUGUGAUGUUAUGUGACGAUGACGAUGGUGAAGAGUGUUGGAUGUCUAGAAGGAUUGAGAACGCUUGAACGCACCCCCAACCAGAGACGUCACCAGCGGUGGUGAACGCUUUCCACAGAGUGAUCUUCCCAUUUGUAGAGUAGUGUGAUAUAAGAACAAAAAUAAUACAGAAAAUAGAUCUAUAAUAUAAGGAUAUAUAAAUUUAAAAGCCUACUGAUACUGGAGAUACUAAUUUAUCAGUGUGGAUGCCAUGAUAUUCUGUGAGAAAUGUGUGUGUUUUUCCUGUGAGAAGACAGAAGGCAGAUGAACCUGCCUUCUUUUGUACAUAAUUUGCUGUGAUUGUGUGUCCAAUAAAGUGCAGCUCUCUUGUACAGUG